AUGAAAAUAUACCGUCGUUUAUCAAGUUCCGCAGGGCUAAAUGUUCCGCCACAUGUACUUCUUAUUUUAAAGCACCUUGAUGAUUGGUCUUUCAACGUGUUCAACGUUAACAGUGCCUCAGAUGGUCAUGCUUUAAAAUAUGUCGGAUAUGAACUUCUGCAAAAAUAUGACUUGAUCACCAAGUUCAAGAUAAACAGUAGUGUGCUGGAUAGUUUUCUAUUAGCUAUAGAAGUUGGCUAUGGCAAGUACAAGAAUCCCUACCACAACCUUGUACAUGGAGGGGACAUCGCGCAGACUGUACAUACAAUCCUUUCUCAGAGCAAACUUGUGAACUGGUUAACAGACCUAGAAGUCUUCGCAACCAUUGUUGCAGCUCUGAUUCAUGAUUUUGAACAUACUGGUACUACCAAUAACUUCCACAUUCAGACCUCGUCCGAAGUAGCCCUGCUGUAUAAUGACCGGGCAGUGCUUGAGAACCACCAUGUGAGCUCAAGUUUCCGCAUCAUGAGUGUAGAUGAAAGCAAUAUUCUGUCCAAUCUAAGUAAAGAAGAGUACAGAGAGUUCCGAAACUUGGUAAUCGACAUGGUGCUAGCUACUGACAUGUCCUACCACUUCCAACAGAUCAAGAACAUGAAAAACCUCCUCAGUAUGCCAGAAAACAUAGACAAGUCAAAGGCACUGUCAUUGGUUUUACACUGCGCAGACAUCAGUCAUCCAGCCAAGGACUGGGAUAUACACAAGCGCUGGACUGAUCUCCUUAUUGAAGAGUUCUUCAGACAGGGAGACCGCGAGCAAGAACUAGGACUUCCAUUUUCUCCUCUCUGUGAUAGAAAAAAUACCCUGAUUGCUGAAUCUCAAAUAGGUUUCAUUGACUUCAUCGUUGAGCCAAGUUUCACAGUAAUGGGUGAUAUGUUGGACAAAAUUGUGACCCCACUGCGGAACCCAUCUCAAACCAGUGUCCAUGAUGACCCAAUUUCUGAAGAAGUGUUUGACAAGGACAAAAGUGUAUCACCAGCGUCAAGAACCUCAUCUAGAUCCUCUUCUGUUGGGAGGCCGUGGGCAGAAUGUUUGGCCCAAAACAAGUCACAGUGGAAGGCGAUUGCCGCCAGAGAUGCUGAGGAAAGGCAGAAAAAUCAGGAAAAUGCAGGCAAAACUGACGCAAUACCUGCAGAAGAAAAGAUGGAUGGACAAUCAAAAGUGGAAGAGAAAAAAGAAGCACUUAAUAGCACAGACAAUAAAACUGUCGAGAAUAAACAAAAAGGAAUUUCACGGCAAACGUCGACAUCCGGUCUUGAGCGUACAUCCCGUAUGACGUCAACAAGCGGUCUCUAUAACGUCACUGCGCGUCAGACGUCAACGGCAGGCAUCCCAAACAUUUCACGUCAGACUUCAACUACUGGCUUACUCGAGACUAUUGGGUUAACCUGUGAGGGCUUCUCUAUUUCACACAAAAAGGGCUAUGUUCAGAAACAUAUUUCCACCACUCUUGUCAGUGAAUCAGGUGGGGGGAUCGAUGAAGCAAACCAAAAUGAAUGUGACGUCAUAAAAACAAUGGAUGGAGGUAAUGACAUCAUGACUAGAAAUGAUUCCUCGGGAAGUGAAAUGGAAGAGGAGGCGUUUUGUUGAAAAGGUGAAGAUGGCGUAUAAUCAGGACAGCUUUAGCUUUGUAUAAGAUUAUCUAUUUCUCACAGAGACUGGUAUAUCAUCCAUAUGAGAUGUAUAUAUUUCAUACAUUCAUGAAUGUUGAUUGUCUUUUUCUUUUCAAAUCGAGCGCCUUGAUUGAUUGUAUCUAUUUUAGUUUGUUUUAAUCCCGAACAUUCAUAACCAAAUAUAAAGGUAUAGAUUCAACUAUUUUUCACAAAUUAAAGAACAGACAUACAUGUAUAAUUGAUGUAAAUGUGCACAUAACAAUCUGCUUAAUUUAAAUGAUGAGGAACUCAUUUGUUUUUAGACUGUCGGCUGCAAGCCGACAGUCUUUAGAGAUGCGGUAUUUCAGAAACGCGACUAGUCGCCUGACACGACAUAUUGAACAUGAAUAUAUUAAUACACACCACCUGCGUAGCAACAGAACUACUUACGUGAAUGUGGGGCGUCAAGUACCUGCUUAUGUGUAUUUAACGCGUUAUUGCCUUUUUUAUGACAAACAUUGCGUGUUACUCUUAGUAUAGUUGUACCGUUGCAAUUUGGUGAGUUUUAUUGAACAAAAUAAUGAAAAAUAAUGAAAGUAUAGCAAUUACAUACGAAGUCAUUUUACCCUACAUCCAAUAGUAAGCUACACCACAUGUUUGCACCCCGUGUGACGUCACACAUAUCCCGGCAUUCAAGACUGACCCGGCAAACCCCGGCAAAGAACUUAUUUCAUGAAUGAAAGCUAUUAAGAAAUAAAUCAUACGCGGUUAAAGAGUUCAUGUCAUGUAAUAUUUUGUGAAAUAGCUUUUAUGUUUCAAAUGAUUUUUUUUCAGCAGCAAUCGAACUAUUGUAUUUGUUUGAGUAAAUUAUUUGGAUUAUACCUAUCACAGUGUGUCAACGUUAUGCCUAUUGUUAUUUUGGACUAUAGGGUGUAGUUUUUAAUGUCAUACACAAUAUGGCGGCGAUUAUGCGGAAAUGAAAUUGUAUUUUACUUCGAACACGUUCUUCUACAAAAUAACCGACCUGUAUUUAGUGCUAUUGCUUUAACAUCAAUCGAAGCAAAAAUGGCAUCAAUGUAUGCGUCUAAAAAUGUUAAAUUUAGAUGGAGACAAUCCAGAAAUGAGCUGCCAGGAAGUGAUCGAUUUCGGACACGAAGGUACAUGUACAUUAGUCUGAAAUAAUAGACGUGUUAUACGGGAUUCUUCCAAUCCCUAACGUCUAUACGGUUUUGUGCAAAAAGCGGGGCUGUUUGAAAAAUAUUGAAAUUGUAUUAAGUGAAAUAUUUUAUGGUUGAAAUGGAUAAUAAAGUAAAGAUUUAUAUUCAUAUUUUACCAUGGAAGUGCAAAGCUAUUUUGCAAAAAAACAAGCAUUUAAUGCAUUAAAACACAUUAUUCACCUUUUCAUUAAAAGGAAAGUUGACUGACACAGACAACAAUUAUGCCAACUGGAACAACUUGACCCAAUCGUAAUAAUUUGGCCACCUUUGGUUACGGAAUUUAUAUAAAAUAACAUUAUCUGGUUAUAUUUCUUGCUUUUAUGAUAUGUUAUAGAUGCAAUAUGCCUUAACCCGGAAUCCCUAUCGGAAUAACUACCCACUUUUCGUACAAAACAAUUUGUACGUGAAGGAUUUGCUGUAUCAAAAAUCGUAAAAAAAUCUGUCAACGUACAAUUAUUACGACUAGAAGGUAAUCUAGCUGAUCUUCAUCUCUUAGUCUAAAUAUUUGUACGUUGACGGACUCUUUUUACGAUUAAAAAAAAAUGUAUAUAUAUAUAUAUGUAUAUAUAUAUGGCAAAUCCUUCACUACAACAUCUUCAUGUUACUUUCAAUUCAGAGUUGAUUAUUCACUAAAAUUAUUUCGCAUUUUUAAUUGUUGUUUAACCUGAAACGUCUCAACCAUCAAAAAAGAACAUAUAUGCUUCAAUAGUCUAAAAAAAUAGACGUGUUAUAUGGGAUUCUUCCAAUCCCUUACGUCUAAUCGGGUUUGUGCAAAACAGGGUGGGGGUUGAAAGAUAUUGAAAUCGUAUUUAGAUAAGUAUUAUACGUUUGAAAUAGAUAUUAAAGGUUUUAUAUUCGUAUUUUAGUUAUUACCAUGUAAGUGCAAAGAUUUUUUUCACAAAACAAGCAUUUAAUGCAUUUAAACACAACCAUUUUACAUCUAUGUAAAUAUAUGCACCGCAGUCUUGCAGGUGAUCUUCAUGUAUAACAGUUUAUAUCAUUAUGUUUUGACAGUAUGAAAUGAAGAAAAACACUCAUCAAACUCAUAAUAAUUCGUCAGCUUUUAUUUUUUGUGUACAUAACUCAUAUUUUAGAUAUAUAUAAUUAUCUGACCCAGAGUCCCAAUCGGAAUAGCUACUCACUUUUGGUACAAAAAAAUUGUAUGUGAAGGAUAUGCCAUUUCAAAAUUUGUAAAAAGAUCAGUUAAGUUACUAUUAUUUGGACUAGUGCUUCAAGUGUUUGAUUUAUUGACUCUAUAAUGUAUAAUGCACCUGUCAAUUGUAGAGCCAAGCUGGGAGCUGCCUAAAAAUCAGUUACCCGGUUAGCUCAGUUUGACAGAUCUCCAUGCAAGUGUUCACAUGGUCGUGGGUUCAAGCACCAUAUCAGUAGCAUCUUUUCUCAAAGGUUUACUUUAGAACCCAUCAUCCAGGAGUAAACAAUUA